CGUCGUCAGAAGGAGCUUGAGGAGGCUCGUAAGGCUGGUCUGGCGCCGGCCGAGGUCGACGAGAAUGGCAAGGAAAUUAACCCCCACAUCCCUCAGUAUAUGACGACGGCGCCGUGGUACCUGAACUCCGACAAACCCACCCUGAAGCAUCAGCGGAACUGGAAUGAUAAGGGGAAGGAUGGGACGCAGUGGUACGAUCGUGGUGCCAAGAUUUUUCAAGCAACGAAGUUUCGAAAGGGAGCUUGCGAAAACUGUGGAGCUAUGACGCACAAAACCAAGGACUGCCUGGAACGGCCGCGUAGCAAGGGAGCAAAGUGGACCAAUAAAAACAUUGCUCCGGACGAAAAGGUGGAGGACAUCAAAUUGACGGGCUUUGAGAGCAAGCGGGACCGGUGGAACGGCUACGACUCUAAGGAAUACGCCCGGAUAGUGGACCGCUUUGAGCAGCUGGAGGAGCUGCGCAAGGAGAUAAAGAAAAAAGAGCAGGUAAGGGUAUCCCUGGACGAAAUCCGCAAGAAGGGCGAGGCUGUAGAAGCAGCUGGGGACGCGGAGCCUGGGGCGGACGGUGCCAUUGAUGAGGAUGAAACCAAGAUUAAGGAGGAGGAGGAGGCAGGCUUCGGUGAGGUGAAGAAGCGCGUGCGCACCACCGCUGGUGGUUCCACGGGCUCGGUGCGCAACCUGCGCAUUCGUGAGGAUAUUGCCAAGUACCUGCUCAACUUGGAUGUCAAUUCGGCGUACUAUGACCCCAAGUCUAGGUCCAUGCGCGAGGAUCCGCAGCCAGACAAGCCAGCUAGCGAGAAGCUCUUUCACGGCGAUAACUUUGUGCGCAACGGCGGCGAGUACUCCGCCUGGCAGAGCCUCACGCUGCACUCUAUCACGGCGCACGAAAAAGGGCUGGACGUUCACAUGCAAGCGAACCCGUCGCUUGCGGAGAUGCUGUACAAGCAGUUCAAGGAGAAGAAAGACCAGCUUGAGAACAAGAGCAAGGAGGACGUCGUCAAGAAGUACGGCAGCGCGGCAGAGCCGCUGCCGGAGGAAGUGAAGGUGCUGACGGCCAGUGAACGAUACAUCGAAUACGACAGGGCGGGCCGCGUAAUCAAGGGUGUGGAGGUGAAGGCCAAGAGUCGUUACGAGGAGGACGUGCUGAUCAACAACCACACGUGUGUGUGGGGAUCCUGGUGGCGCGAUGGCACCUGGGGCUACGCUUGCUGCCACUCCAGUGUGAAGAACAGCUACUGUACCGGAAAGAAAGCAGCAGCUCAAGUGGACGAGGCCAUGUUGGCCAACAUGGAGGCUGCCGCACGAGAGCGGGAGGCAGCGGAACUGAAGCGACGUCAAGAGUCAACACUGAAUAACUACGAGUACACGACAGAUGUUUGGGGAACGGACGGGCCGGUCCAGGAGCUGGACCCAAAGAAGGUUGAUGCUGCGAUGCGCAAGCUUGAGGAGCGCGAACGAGCGGCGAUGGAGGGUGACCGGUCGAAGCGGAAAUAUAACAGCCUUGAGGCGGGCGCCGGUGAGCACGUGACGCCAGAGGAGAUGGAGGCGUACCGCAUUAAGAAGGGGCGUGGCGACGACCCACUC